AGCACCUAAGUAAAAUGAUCCAGUAAAGUAUCACUCUUUGCCUGACGUAGUUUCAAAAGACUGGUUCAAAAUUAAUUUCAAAAAUGGGAAUGGACGAAAAAGCACCUGAAUAUGAGUACAGCAAAGUUCCAACAAAAGCUCUGAUAGCAGAAAUCCCGGAGAAACCACCAGCUUAUGGCUAUGGAGUGAGACAUGUUCAGCUUCUAAUAUGUUUACUAAGCCUAACAGUUAACUUCAUAGCGAGAGGUCAUCUGGGUGUUACUGUUGUAGCUAUGACUAGUCCAAGAGAUCAUGCUUUAGCUUUAGAUACACAUACAAGUACAAAUACAAAUUAUAUUGAGAAUAUCACAACAAGUAAUAUUAGUAUCGAUGGUGUUCCUUCAAUGGAUUCUACAGAGGAUCCCUUCAAAAAAUUUGACUGGCCAAAAUCGACUCAAGAAAUGGUAUUAGGCGCUUUCUUCUUGGGAUACUGCAUCAUGACCUUCCCCAUGGGAAUUGUGGCACAACGAUGGGGUGGCAAGAUACCGUUACAAAUUGCUUUAUUUUUCAACGGCGUCAUAUCUCUUUUGACCCCGUGGCUUACAAACUGGGGUGGUUGGAAAGCAGUAUGCGCCUGUCGUAUAAUACAAGGAUUGUCUCAGGCAGGAGUAUAUCCCAGCGUCCAGACUUUGUUAGCUAAAUGGGUUCCUGUCAGCGAGAGAGCGUCUUUGACUAGCUAUGUUUACACAGGUUCAAUAGUUGGCACCGUACUAGCAUUCCAGUUGUCUGGCUUUUUGAGUGAAUCAAAAUGGGGAUGGCCGUCAGCUUUUUGGGUUGUUGGUCUGAUCUGCCUCAUCUCGUUCGCACUGCUGACUGUAUUUGGAUCUGCAUCUCCUGCUGUUCACAAAAGUAUAAGCGAUGAAGAGAAGAAUUUUAUUCUUGGCCGCAUCGAUGAUGGAAAAGUUAGGAGAUUGAAGACACCAUGGAAAGCGAUCCUACGUUCGAAGCCGUUGUGGGGUACACUAGCGACACACGUUGGCAGUGGAACUAGCUUCGUCUUCUUCUUCACUCAAGUGCCAUCUUACAUUCAUUAUAUUCUUGGAGUUGAUGUUAGAAGCAGUGGUCUCCUGUCAUCUUUGCCCUACAUCGUGAGUUUCUUCACAAACAUUACAUUUGGAACACUAUCAGACUUCAUGACCAACAGGAACAUCAUAAGUGUCAGAAACGCGCGAAGAAUAUUUAAUAGCAUUUCUCAGGUUGGAGUGGCGAUAUCACUAAUUUGUGCAGCAUUUACAACCAGCACAGUGGUAGGAGUUCUGUGCCUGGUCUGCUCCAUGGGAUGCCACAUGGCGAUGCACGUUGGAUGGAUGGUGAACCACAUAGACUUGGCUCCUAACUUCAGCGGCACUCUCAUGUCGAUAGGCAACACGCUGAUGAACAUUUUGAACGUGCUGUUGCCCGUACUUGUGUCCUAUGUUGUAACUGACAUGAAAAAUCAAAUACAAUGGCGGAUCAUGUUCUUCACGGUAGCUGCCUUAACUUUGACGACCAAUGCUUUGUUUCUUGUACUGAUGUCUGCUGACACACAACCGUGGAAUGAUGUCGAUGAAUGUGAUACGAGCCUAGAAGAUGCCGAAAUUAAACAGAAAAGGGAAACGAAAGAAAAACAAUAUAAUCCAGAGAAACCACCACCUUAUGGGUAUGGAGUUCGACACAUUCAGCUACUUAUAUUUUUCUUCUGUCUAUCGGUUAAUUUUAUAGCACGAGGUCACAUGGGAGUAACAGUUGUUGCCAUGACUAGUCCUAGUGUUCAUAAAUUAGUUUUAGACAUAAAUACAACCGAAAUUAACAAUUCGGUUAAUAAUACAGAUCUCCAAAAUGGAAAAAAUGAUACAGAAAAUAAUAUUAACGAUGGAUAUGUAGGAAAUAUGAGCAUUGAUGAAGUUGCAGUAGUAGAUUAUACUAAUCAAUCUUACAGCACAUAUGACUGGCCAAAAUCAACUCAAGAAAUGGUUCUAGGCUCGUUCUUUUUAGGAUACGGCAUCAUGACCUUCCCAAUGGGGAUGGUAGUACAACGAUGGGGUGGCAAGAUACCGAUGCAAAUAGCUUUAUUUGUCAAUGGAAUAGUUUCUAUUUUGGCUCCAUGGCUUAUCAGAUGGGGAAGUUGGAAAGCCGUUUGUGCCUGCCGCAUAGCUCAAGGCUUGUCUCAGGCUGGAGUCUAUCCCAGCAUCCAGAACUUGUUGGCAAAAUGGGUUCCCGUAAGUGAGCGAGGCUCUCUAACUAGCUACGUAUACACAGGUUCAACAAUUGGAACAGUAUUAGGGUUCCAGCUGUCUGGUGUUCUGAGUGAAACUAAAUGGGGUUGGCCAUCAGCGUUUUGGGCUGUCGGUCUGAUAUGCUUAGCUUUCUUUCUGCUGCUUACUGUCUUUGGGGCAGCAAGUCCUGCAAACCACAAAAACAUUAGUGACGAUGAAAAGAACUACAUUUUGGGUCGCAUUGAUGAUGGAAAAGUCAGGAGACACAAAAUACCAUGGAAAGCGAUCAUGACUUCAAGGCCGAUGUGGGGUGCGCUAGCAUCACAUGUUGGGGCUGGUACCACCUUUGUGUUCUACUUCACUCAAGUUCCUUCCUAUAUUCAUUAUAUUCUUGGCAUCAACGUCAAAAGCAGCGGUCUUCUAUCAUCUUUACCAUAUUUAGUUAGUUUCUUCACAAGCAUUGCCUUUGGAACGAUAUCAGACUUCCUAACUAACAGAAAAAUCGUGUCUGUGAAGAAUGCGCGAAGAAUUUUCAAUAGCAUCUCUCAAGUUGGAAUAGCAAUCUCACUAAUCUGCGCAUCGUACACAACAAGCACAGUGAUCGCAGUAUUAUGUCUAGUCUGCGCUAUGGGAUGUCACAUGGCGAUACACGUCGGUUGGAUGGUGAAUCACAUCGACUUGGCUCCAAACUUCAGCGGCACUCUCAUGACGCUGGGCAACACUCUCACUAACAUUGGCACUGUGCUGCUACCUGUACUCGUGUCACGCGUCGUCACUGAUAUGAAAAAUCAAAUACAAUGGCGCAUCAUGUUCUUCACUGUGGCUGCAGUAACUUUAACAACAAACGCUCUGUUUGUGUUACUGGUGUCAGCCGAUACACAACCGUGGAACGAUUUGGAGCAGCACGAUACGGCCCUUGAAAACGUGGAAACAGAACAGAAAGAAAAUAAAGAAAAGCAAGAAAAAUAAGUUAAUAUUCCUAACAAAUAAAUAUUCUGCUUCA